GCGCGCGGCUCGCCCCGGCGCCGCCGCGGAGUUGUAGCUCCCAGGAAGCCGCCGCGCAGCCCUCCCCGCCGCUGCCGAGGCCGCCGCGGGACCCCGCUCCGCCAGCCGGGCAAUCAAGCCCCGUGGACUUGCUCAGAAGAGGUUCCAAGAUAGGCGCUGCUGAACCCGGAUCCAGAAGAGAAUGGGGAAGCAGAACAGCAAGCUGCGCCCCGAGGUGCUCCAGGACCUGCGCGAGAACACCGAGUUCACAGACCACGAGCUGCAGGAGUGGUACAAGGGCUUCCUAAAAGAUUGCCCGACAGGCCAUUUGACUGUGGAAGAGUUCAAAAAAAUAUACGCCAAUUUUUUCCCCUACGGUGACGCGUCGAAGUUCGCAGAGCACGUCUUCCGCACCUUCGACACCAACGGCGAUGGGACGAUUGACUUUAGGGAAUUCAUCAUCGCCCUGAGCGUCACCUCUCGGGGCAAGCUGGAGCAGAAGCUGAAGUGGGCGUUUAGUAUGUACGACCUGGACGGCAACGGGUACAUCAGCCGCGGGGAAAUGCUAGAAAUAGUACAGGCAAUCUACAAAAUGGUCUCAUCAGUAAUGAAAAUGCCAGAAGAUGAAUCUACUCCCGAGAAGCGAACAGACAAGAUCUUCAGACAGAUGGACACAAACAAUGAUGGUAAACUGUCUCUGGAAGAGUUCAUCAAAGGUGCCAAGAGCGAUCCCUCCAUCGUGCGGUUGUUACAGUGCGACCCCAGUAGCGCGAGUCAGUUCUGAUGAAAGCGGACAGUGUGCACAGCGAAUCUCGGCUUGUGUCCUUCAAGCUUUGCUCGCAAACGGAUGCCUUCUCAACCAUCCCUCCACACUUCACGGAUAAGAUCCCAUUGCCAGAUUGUGCGUGCGUGUGUGUGCGUGUGCGCGCGCGUGUGUGUGUGCGCGCGUGUCCGAGCGAACCAGCCCUGGCUCCCCUGACUAACACCGGUGCAGCUCUCCUUCGGCAGCUCCGCUCCCGCUUCCCCGUGACGCUGCGGUUCACUCCACACAUGUUAAACGUUAAAUCGGAAGGGAUGUUUACAUGCAGCUGCAAAAAGAGUUCAAAUUGCUGGUGAGAUACCACUUCACUUAGCCCGUGAGAAAGGUGACGUUCCGGUAGUUCCCAAGAAGAUGCUAGGUAGGACUUUUACCCGACACAGCAGAUGGUAGGUAAUUUAUUUUGCUUGAGAAAUUACUGUGUUACAAAAUAAAUAAAUAAACAAGAAAAAUAAGCGGACUGAAUGGAGUAGAAAGAAAAAAAAAAAUUAAAAAAAAAUUAAAAAAAUAAAAUAAAAUUUAAAAAAAAGCAGCUUUCCUGGGCAUGGUUCCAAUUUUCUUCUUGAGGAAAAUUGCUUGCACUUAUCUAUUGGUCUUUACUUUCUUUUAAUAUAUAUAUAAAUUAUAUAUAUAUGGUGAAGUAAAAUUUUAAAUAUUUAGGUCAUCUAUUUAAGGCAUAAAAUAGAACUCGAGCUUUGUUUCUUCUAGUUGUCUGUGAUUUAUUAAAAUCUUGGAGAUUGUUUGGGGUUUUUUUGGUGAUAUUUAUGCAUUAGCAAAUUGCUGUUCCAAAAGAAAUGCAUGACUAGCAGUUUGUGGGUAUUUCACUCUGUUCGAUUCCUGAAUGCAAAUGUUUGUUCAUUUUUACUGUUGAUUGUUCCAACGUUACUAUAUUAACAAAAGACCUGAAAGGAUUUCAUCCUCAUUUUGUAUUUCUCAGUGGAGUCCUACUUUCUGGUGGUUGCUGCGUUAAAUGGCUUUUGAGUGCCCCAAGGUGACGUGACUCGCACUGCUGUUCUCAACUCGGCUACACCUCCUCCCUUUUGCCGUCGAUAUGUUAAUAGUCUUGUGCAUUCCAGUGUUAUUUAAUAUCUGCCUAAUGCCAAGAAAUAUUAAUUGAAAUAAAAGACUACUUUUCUUGUCA